AGGCCCUGCUCCCAGCCCCGCCUGGACGGGCAGGAGUUCUGCCUGCGCCACAUCCUGGAGGACAGGAAUGCUCCCUUCAAGCAGUGCAGCUACGUCUCCGCCAGGAACGGCAGGAGAUGUCCCAACGCUGCCCCCAAGCCUGAGAAGAAGGAUGGCUCGUCGCUGUGCGCGGAGCACGCUCGCCGGAACGCGCUGGCACUGCAGGCACAGGUGAAGAAAUCCAACCCUGGACCCGUGGGGGACGAGGACAGCUGGAGUGAUGGUGAGCAGGACCCUGUCACCGUGGAGCAGACGUGGCGAGGGGACCCCGACAGCGAGGCCGACAGCAUCGACAGCGACCAGGAGGAUCCCCUCAAGCACGCUGGGGUGUACACGGCCGAGGAGGUGGCUCUGAUCAUGAGGGAGAAGCUGAUCCGACUCCAGUCCCUCUACAUCGACCAGUUCAAGCGUCUCCAGCACCUGCUGAAGGAGAAGAAGCGACAGUUCCUGCACAGCAGGAGGGGAGAGCACGAGGCCAUCGGCAGCAGCCUCCUGACGGGCCCUGAGGGGCUGAUGGCCAAGGAGAGGGAGAGCCUGAAGCGGCUGCGGUGCCUGCGGCGGUACCGGCAGCGCUACGGCGUGGAGGCUCUGCGCGAGCGCAGGGUCAUGGCCACCGACGGCGCCGCACAGCAGGCGCACACCACCCGCUCCAGCCAGCGCUGCUUGGCCUUUGUGGACGACGUGCGAUGCUCCAACCAGUCGCUGCCAAUGACACGGCACUGCCUCACUCACAUCUGCCAGGACACGAACCAGACGCUGUUCAAGCUGUGCCAGGGCUCUGAGGAGGUUCCCUGCACCAAGCCCGUGCCCGUGAGCCUGUCGGAGGAGCCCUGCUGCCCCUUGCACCUGCGCCUGCCCCCCCAGAUGUAUGUCCCUGAGCAGGGCCUGGAGGUUCCCCAGGAGCUGGGAGCAGCCCCCUCAGACCUGUACCUGAGUGCAGCUGAGCUCCAGCCCACGGAGAGUUUGCCCCUGGAAUUCAGUGAUGACCUGGACGUGGUGGGGGAUGGGAUGCAGUGCCCCCCAUCCCCUCUGCUCUUUGACCCCUCGGUGUCCCUGGAGCAGUCCCUGCGGGAUGUGGCCGAGGCUCCCAUCGACAUCCUGGCCCUGGAGGAGCCAGACAGGGGCAGUGCCUCGGCCCCACUGCUGCCCCCGGCUGAGCCCCCCACACAG